GUAUACUCUCUGACAUAACGGGGAAUUUAUUGUUUUCAUUCUCUUCUUGUAAAUAAAAUAAUUUAAACAUAACACCAGUGAUUAUUAAAGCAAUAUUAAAAUGAUUUUGCGGUGGACUUCUUGUUUUUGACAAUUAUUGAUAAAAUAACAAAAUAAAAAAGAGUGAAUUGUUAGAAAUAUGAUUAUCAGAACUGUAGUUAGUGCCGUAUUGUUUUAUUUAUUAUUAGGAAACACAGAUUGUAUCGAAACGCAACAUAGAACUAAAGCUGCCACAGAAAAACAACACGACUUAUGGUGCUACAGGUGUGAUUCAAUGGUAGAUGGCGAGAAAUGUCUGGAUUUGACAGGAAACUACAGUCAUCUACAUCACAAAUGUCACAAAGAGCAGAAAAAAUGUCAGGUAAGAAGAAUAUCUAUGUCCACCAGCACUGAAGAAGUAACCGGAAAACCGAAACUGUGGUUACUGCAGAGAAACUGUUCGGAAACUUGCGAAUCCGGUUGCAUAGUUAUAGGAGAGAGAACAAAGUUGCAUUCCUGCAUAACGUGCUGCGAUGAACAUAAUUUUUGCAAUGCAGGAAGUGGAGCUACUAGGUCCAGGAAUAUUUUGGAAUUUAUAAGAACUUGGUUUUUAAUUGUAUAAUGUAUUUAUUGCUCUGUUUUUAAAGUUAUGAUAAUAAUUCUUAAAUAUUGCUAUUUGAAAACUCCCGUUGACUAAAAAACUUUG